UUAAUUUUCUGAAACCCCCUUUAGGACUGCUUGAAUAUUAUUCUUUCUUGGAUUUUCUCCGCAAUGGGCUCUGUUAGACGGAGAGAGAUGCUUUGUAUUCGAUGUCUCGCGCUGUUGUCUUUACUGGAAUGGUGCGCGUCGCACGUAUCUUAUUCCGUUUCAGAGGAGGUCGACAAAGGGACUUUAGUUGGAAAUAUCGCCAAGGACUUAAACAUAAAUGCGCAUGAACUUGAGGCGAGAGGACUGCGCAUUGUAUCAGGACACACCAAAAGGUAUUUUAAUGUAAAUUUCAAAACGGGAGCGCUCUUUGUUAAUGAAAGGAUAGACCGAGAGGAACUGUGUGGAAAUACGGCCAAGUGCUCUAUAAAUACAGAAGCCAUAUUGGAUAAUCCUACGCAUCUCCAUAGAGUGGAAGUGAAUGUUUUAGAUAUAAAUGACAAUGCGCCGACUUUCCUGGAAAAGUCUUAUACUCUUAACAUUUCCGAAUUAGCAUUUACCGGAGAAAAAUUUCCGUUACCCGUAGCUCAGGAUGCAGAUUCGGCCGUUAAUUCGGUAAAGAGCUACAAAUUGAGCCCAAAUGAACAAUUCUCUCUAGAUGUACAGAGCGGAGGAGAGCAGGGUACCAUAUCUGCGGAGUUAGUGCUACAGAAGACUUUAGACCGAGAGAAACUGCCCGAGAUCCAGCUCACACUGACCGCAGUAGACGGAGGAAAACCUGCGCGAUCCGGCAUACUACAUGUAGUGGUAAAUGUUGAGGACGUUAAUGACAACAUACCGGCGUUUAGCGAAGCGCUUUACAAGGUGCGCGUCAGUGAAAACAGUCCUUUGGGAACUACUGUAAUUAAACUGGUCGCUACAGAUUUAGAUGAGGGGGUUAAUGGAGAGCUUGUAUAUACUUUGACAGCGGGCGGGGCGUCAAAGAUCACGGAUCUAUUUGCCAUAGACCCAAUUAUUGGAGAAAUCACUAUUAAAGGUAAUUUGGAUCAUGAGGAAAAUGCCGCAUACGAAAUCCGCGCGCAGGCUAGAGACAAAGGCACACCCUCCCGUAGAGCACACUGUAAAGUGCUUGUUGAGGUUAUCGAUGUUAAUGAUAACGCACCCGAAAUCUCGGUGUCGUCUGUGACGAGUCCGCUAAAAGAGGACUCGGCUGUGGGAACAGUAGUGGCGUUGGUUACAGUGACGGAUAAAGACAGCGGGGAAAAUGGGAACGCUAAGGCGUAUCUUUCAGAUUCUAUGCCCUUUAAACUGAAACCGUCAUAUAAAAAUUACUAUUCCCUAGUUGUUGCUGGUCUUUUAGACAGAGAACGCAGGUCUCAUUAUAAUAUUACUGUUACAGCUACAGAUGAAGGAAACCCGCCUCUCUCUAGCACCACUACAAUUAUUGUACAAGUUUCUGACAUUAAUGACAAUGCCCCGCGCUUUUCAGAACGCGCCAUGAAUGUUUAUGUGAAAGAGAACAGUCAGAUUGGAGCUGUUAUUUAUACAGUGUUUGCGUUUGAUCCUGACGUAGAUGAAAAUUCAAGGAUAUCUUAUUCAUUAUUACAAAGCUCUAGCCCAGUAAAAUCCAUGGUUAAUAUAAACUCUGACAGUGGAGAUAUACACAGUUUACAGUCUUUUAAUUAUGAAGAAAUCAAAACGUUUCAGUUUAAAGUUCAGGCCACAGACUCUGGAGUUCCUCCUCUGAGCAGUAACGUGACUGUUAAUGUUUUUGUCCUGGACGAAAAUGACAACAGUCCAGUGGUUCUCGCGCCGUAUUCUGAACAUGGCUCCGUUAACACCGAGAACAUUCCUUUCUCUGCUGACCCGGGCUACUUUGUGGCCAAGAUCAGAGCUGUAGACGCCGAUUCUGGAUAUAAUGCGCUUCUUUCUUAUCACAUGUCUGAACCUAAAGGAAACAACUUAUUCCGCAUCGGAACCAGCAGUGGGGAGAUCAGGACUAAGAGGAGGAUGAGUGACAAUGACCUGAAAACACACCCCCUGGUCAUUAUGGUUUCUGAUAACGGAGAGCCCUCACUGUCAGCGACUGUGUCUAUUGAUGUCGUGGUUGCUGAAAGCGGGAGUGACAUCCAAACAAAAUUAAGACACGUUCCGAUGAAGGAGGAGAGUUUCUCGGAUUUAAAUCUGUAUUUGCUGAUUGCCAUUGUGUCGGUGUCAGUGAUCUUUUUACUGAGCCUCAUCAGUUUGAUAGCUGUGAAAUGCUACAGGACAGACGGCAGUUUCAGCAGGUACAGCGCCCCAGUGAUCACGACCCACCCUGACGGGAGCUGGUCUUACUCCAAAUCUACUCAGCAGUAUGACGUGUGUUUUAGCUCCGACACACUGAAGAGUGACGUAGUGGUUUUCCCUGCUCCGUUUCCGCCUGCAGAUGCGGAACUGAUCAGUAUUAAUGGAGGGGACACUUUUAACAGAACACAAACACUCCCUAAUAAAGAGAAGAGCGAGAUGGGGUGGAUUUGUUUAGUCGCGCUGUUUUGUUCCUUGGGCUUGUGCGCGGCGCAGAUAUUGUAUUCUGUUUCGGAGGAAGUCGACAAGGGAACCUUUGUAGGAAAUGUCGCAAAGGACUUAAAUUUAAGCCCUCACGAAAUUGAGUCUAGAGGACUGCAAAUUGUAUCUGGAUACAACAAAAGGUAUUUUGACGUGAAUUCGAAAACGGGGGGCCUUUUUGUGAACGAGAGGUUAGACAGGGAAGAAAUCUGUGGUAAUUCAGCCAGAUGCUCAGUAAGCAUAGAAGCCAUAUUGAAUCGUCCUAUACAUCUCCAUAGAAUAGAAGUGAAUAUUUUAGACAUAAAUGACAAUGCACCGUUUUUUCACGAAAUGUCAUAUAGUCUUAAUAUCACCGAAUCUGCGUAUACUGGAGAAAGAUUUCCGUUACCAGUAGCGAACGAUGCGGAUUCAGGGAGUAACUCGGUAAAGAGCUACAAGCUGAGUCAGAAUGAACACUUUUCCCUGGAUGUGCAGAGCGGAGGAGAACAAAGUGUGUCCGCUGAGUUGGUCCUGCAGAAAUCUUUAGAUCGAGAGAAACAGUCUGUGAUUCGCCUCACACUGACCGCAAUAGAUGGGGGUAAACCUCCCAGAUCCAGUACGUUAAAGAUAUUUGUUAAUAUUAUCGAUGCAAAUGACAAUAUACCAUCAUUCAGCAAACCGCUUUUUAAAGUUCGCGUUGCUGAGAAUACUCCAGUGGGAACUACAAUAAUUACAUUAAAUGCAACCGAUUUGGAUGAAGGUAUUAACGGAGAGCUCGUGUAUUCGUUAACCGAUCGAGCGAGUAGCUCAAAACUUUCAAAGGUAUUCGCAAUAGAUUCAUCUACGGGUGGAAUCACUGUACAAAGCAACCUUGAUUUUGAAGAAAAUUCGGCAUAUGAAAUCCGCGCACAAGCAAGCGACAAAGGCACGCCUCUUCGUAGCUCGCACUGUAAAUUGCUCGUUGAAGUGAUUGACGUAAAUGACAAUUCCCCAGAGGUCCUAGUGACGUCACUGAUGAGUCCUGUAAAAGAGCAUUCUGUUUCAGGAACUGUGGUCGCCUUAAUUACAGUCACAGAUAAAGACAGCGGUAUGAAUGGAGACACUAAGCUAAAUAUUUCAGAUUCUGUGCCAUUCAAGCUAAAGUCGUCCUAUAGAAAUUAUUAUUCCCUAGUUGUUGAUGGUCUUUUAGACAGAGAACGCAGGUCUCAUUAUAAUAUUACUGUUACAGCUACAGAUGAAGGAAACCCGCCUCUCUCUAGCACCACUACAAUUAUUGUACAAGUUUCUGACAUUAAUGACAAUGCCCCGUGCUUUUCAGAACGCACCAUGAAUGUUUAUGUGAAAGAGAACAGUCAGAUUGGAGCUGUUAUUUAUACAGUGUCUGCGUUUGAUCCUGACGUAGAUGAAAAUUCAAGGAUAUCUUAUUCAUUAUUACAAAGCUCUAGCCCAGUAAAAUCCAUGGUUAAUAUAAACUCUGACAAUGGAGAUAUCCACAGUUUACAGUCUUUUAAUUAUGAAGAAAUCAAAACAUUUCAGUUUAAAGUUCAGGCCACAGACUCUGGAGUUCCUCCUCUGAGCAGUAAUGUGACUGUUAAUGUUUUUGUCCUGGAUGAAAAUGACAACAGUCCAGUGGUUCUCGCGCCGUAUUCUGAACACGGCUCCGUUAACACCGAGAACAUUCCUUUCUCUGCUGACCCGGGCUACUUUGUGGCCAAGAUCAGGGCUGUAGACGCCGAUUCUGGAUAUAAUGCGCUUCUUUCUUAUCACAUGUCUGAACCUAAAGGAAACAACUUAUUCCGCAUUGGAACCAGCAGUGGGGAGAUCAGGACUAAGAGGAGAAUGAGUGACAAUGACCUGAAAACACACCCCCUGGUCAUUAUGGUUUCUGAUAACGGAGAGCCCUCACUGUCAGCGACUGUGUCUAUUGAUGUCGUGGUUGCUGAAAGCGGGAAUGACAUUCAACCAAAAUUAAGACACGUGCCGAUGAAGGAGGAGAGUUUCUCGGAUUUAAAUCUGUAUUUGCUGAUCGCCAUUGUGUCGGUGUCAGUGAUCUUUUUACUGAGCCUCAUCAGUUUAAUAGCUGUGAAAUGCUACAGGACAGACGGCAGUUUCAGCAGGUACAGCGCCCCAGUGAUCACCACCCACCCUGACGGGAGCUGGUCUUACUCCAAAUCUACUCAGCAGUAUGACGUGUGUUUUAGCUCCGACACACUGAAGAGUGACGUAGUGGUUUUCCCUGCUCCGUUUCCGCCUGCAGAUGCGGAACUGAUCAGUAUUAAUGGAGGGGACACUUUUAACAGAACACAAACACUCCCUAAUAAAGAGAAGGUAAGGGUUCUGCUGUAUAUUUUUAUUUAG